GUCUUUAAAAGAUAAGAACCAAGAAAAGAAUCGGCGAAUGGUUAACUAUGGGCCUUAAUUUACUUAACAUCUGGAGACGUGGCCUCCACACAAGUUCCGCCCGGUUGCAGGUGAUCCGGAGUGCCACGCCCACCAAGCGGAUAUGCAUCGUGGGCGCCGGACCCGCCGGCUUCUAUGCCGCCCAACUAAUCCUCAAGCAACUGGAUGACUGCGUGGUGGACGUGGUCGAGAAGCUUCCGGUUCCCUUCGGACUGGUGCGCUUUGGCGUAGCACCCGAUCAUCCGGAGGUCAAGAACGUAAUCAACACCUUCACCAAGACCGCAGAGCAUCCGCGUUUGCGUUUCUUUGGCAAUCUUUCGCUGGGCACGGAUGUGAGCCUACAGGAACUGAGGGAUCGAUACCAUGCCGUGUUGCUUACCUACGGAGCGGAUCAGGAUCGGCAGCUGGAGCUGGAGAACGAGCAGCAGGGCAAUGUGAUAUCUGCUCGGAAAUUCGUGGCCUGGUAUAAUGGUUUGCCCGGUGCGGAGAACCUCGCCCCUGAUCUCAGUGGUCGGGAUGUGACGAUUGUGGGUCAAGGCAACGUGGCUGUGGAUGUGGCUAGGAUGCUCCUUAGUCCUUUGGAUGCUCUGAAGACCACAGACACCACCGAGUACGCCCUGGAAGCCCUAUCCCGCAGCCAAGUGGAGCGAGUGCAUCUGGUGGGCAGACGUGGUCCCCUGCAGGCCGCCUUCACUAUUAAGGAACUACGCGAGAUGCUUAAGCUGCCCAAUGUGGACACCCGCUGGCGAAACGAUGAUUUCUCAGGCAUUGACACCCAGCUGGAAAAACUUCAACGUCCUCGCAAGCGACUCACCGAACUGAUGCUCAAGAGUCUGAAGGAGCAGGGCAGGUCCUCUGGCCCCAAACAGUUCCUGCCCAUUUUCCUGCGCGCCCCCAAGGCUAUAAGCCCAGGGGAAAUGGAGUUCUCCGUCACGGAACUCCAGCAUGAUGCAGCUGUGGCCACCAGUUCCACGGAGCGUCUUUCCUCGCACCUAAUCCUGCGCAGCAUUGGCUAUAAAUCCAGUUGUGUGGAUGCGGGGAUCAACUUUGACAACCAACGCGGACGUGUUCACAACAUUGACGGUCGCGUUCUCAGGGAUGAUGCUGCGGGAACGGUGGACCCCGGACUUUAUGUGGCCGGCUGGCUGGGGACUGGGCCCACUGGCGUUAUUGUGACCACGAUGGGCGGCGCCUUUGCAGCGGCCAAAAACAUCUGUGAUGACAUUACAACGAAUGUUUUGGACACCAGUUCAGCCAAACCGGGAUACGAUGCCGAUGGCAAAAGAGUAGUCACAUGGGAUGGCUGGCGGCGGAUCAAUGAUUUUGAGAGCGAGGCGGGCAAAGCCAAAGGAAAGCCGCGCGAGAAGAUCGUUAACAUCGAGGAUAUGCUGAGAAUUGCGGGCGUCUGAUUCCAGAACUCCAUUGGUGAUGGCUGACUAUACUGUCUUUAGAACAUGUCUAGCUUACUUUUAUUUAUCUGUCGUUUGAGGCCUUUGUUUAUCAUUGUAAAUACAUAAAUCAUUUAUGGAACACUUGUAAA